GUUUCUCUAAUUUUGUUCUUGACUGACUCGAUAUUUUCCAAUAAUUACAUAUAAAGUUUCCUCUCAAACGCGGUAAUUCAAGUCUUCCAUCUUUUGCUUGGAUUUAUUUAGGGACCAACUGGAAAUUUUGCCACCAUACUUUCUCAUGAACACAAGUUCGACAGAAGGUCCAUGGAUCCAAUGACUUCAACAAUAUCAUACCAAUCAGCUGUUGAUACAAUCUAUCAUUGGCAUCAUAGACCAGUUGAACAGCUAAUUUUCGACUGUGGUGAAAGUGAAAUAACUCGGUAUCUAGAAGCUGUGGACAGAAUCCAGCAGUCCCUCACAAACGGAACAGAAUCUGAUGACCUGAACUCCAUAGCCAUGGCUCGGCUCAAGCACGAGUUUCUGAAAGUACUCACAACACAAUCUGAUCCGUUUGGCACUGUUGAUUCAAUUACCUCUGAUUGGAGUUCAUUAGCCAGUACUGGAUACGAGGAUUAUUCAUCAGUAUACAAUUUACCGAGUGACGAGGAGAUUUUUUAUCUCAGGCAUGUCGCGGAAAGAUUAAAUUCUGGCGGACACCUUGGAGAUUGCAUCGAACUUUACAAGAGGGAGAGGAAAUCCUUUUUCUACACUAUGAUAAUACGGCUUCGUUUGGAAGAAUUGUAUGCCUUCAAGAAAAAGAGGUUUCUAUGGGAAGAGUUGAAGGUGAAAAUUGAAAUGUGGAUUCGAGUGGCUAGGGUGUGUUUUUGUAUCGUCUUUGACUUCGAGAAACAAAUUAGUGAGAAAUUAUUCUCUGGUUUUGGAAAUGGGGCUAGUGAAGAAUGUUUUUGGGAAAUAGUUGGAGAUUCUGCAAAUAAUUUACUUGUUUUUGCGGAAACAGUGAGUUCCAGUAAUCAGUCCUCAGAGAGGAUGGGAACAAUUUUAGGCCUAUAUGAUACACUGUUGUUUCUUUUACUAAAGAUUGAUACCCGGUUCGACUUUGGCGCAGCAGAGGCUAUUCGAAAAGGCGUGAAGGAGACAGUGUCUCAACUUGAGAAUAAUAUAAGAAGGAUGUUAUUGGAUUUUGAGAAAGCUGUUUUUCGUGAGCUUUCAACAAUACAAGAUGAUAGGGGUGCCAUUCAUCCAUUGACGAAACGUGUGAUGAAUUAUAUAUCUCUCAUUGUAAGCAGUAAGAAGCUCCUCACCGACUUGAUCAUAUCAAUGCCACCUUUGAAAUUUGAGGAUCAACUGAUUCCAGAAGGAGAGUUGGGGGAUCUUAAAGGCAGAAGUCAUUUGGCUCUUCAUUUGAUUUUGAUCAUUGUGGUUUUACAACUGAAUUUGAAGGGGAAGUCGGAGAAACUCAAUCAUGUCCCUUUAAGGCAUUUGUUCAUGAUGAACAAUGUUCAUUACAUUGUAGAAAAGAUCGAAGAAUCCAAGGAGCUGCGAGAGAUUAUUGGCGAUGAUUAUAUGGAGAAAUUGAAUACGAAUGUUAUGCAAGCAAUGACUAGCUAUCAGGUUUCGACUUGUGACCAGUUCUUGUCAUGUUUUCGCGAAGAGGGACUUUAUGUUACUUGGUGCUUUUCUACUCAGGUGUCAAAACGUGCAUUGAGGAAAAGAUUGAAGGCCUUUAAUUCAGUGUUUGAAGAGAUUCAGACACUUCACACAAACUGGAUAGUACGUGAUUCAGAGCUCCUGAAUGAACUUCGUGCGUCCAUGGUUGACAAGUUGAUUCCUGCAUACAAGAAAUUCCAUGCUGAGGUUGAGAAGCACAGGGAAAUACACAAGAAAUACUUUCAGCACUCAUUCGAUGAUCUCGAGGCCUUGGUCUCAAAGAAUCUGUUUUCUUAUUAUGAAAUUAUUGUUUAAGAGAAGGUAUUGGCAAGCUUGAAGUCUUAGACUUCCUCUGUUGUUGAGUGUAGGUGUAGCAACCUGUUCUUACGGAGCAGGAUGAUCGUCUAGACUUCCUAGACUCAAAUUUCAGAUAGAUCGUAUAAAUGAAUAAUCGGAUAGUUGUUAAACACCUAUUAUGUCAUUAUAUUUGUCACCUAUUUUAUGGCAAAGUAGCAUUAUUCCUUUA